GCUGCUUUUUCGGAAAGCCAGUACGACUACUUUUCCAAUUACUAGCAAGACAUAAAACCCAAGCAGCGUUGCCGCCGUAGACACGGAGGCAGUGCCUAUACACACCGAAAGCUUCAAGCUUGGCUUCAUCGGAGCCGGAAAAUGGCUGAGAGCAUUGCCAGAGUAGUGGUGCAAUCUGGUCUUUUGCCUCCCCAGCGUAUUUCCACAGCAAUUCGCUCCAAUCCCGACCGUGGUCUUGGCUUCAAAUCACUCGGCAUCCUUGUUUAUGGUCUUAACAACGACGUUGUGGAUGCUAGUGAUGUGAUCAUUUUCUCUGUGAAGCCCCAAGUAGCUAAAAAUGUGGUCUUGCAGCUGAGGCCGCUACUUUCAAAGAAAAAGCUUUUGGUUUCAAUUGCUGCAGGAAUAAAACUGAAGGAUCUGGAGGAAUGGGCUGGCCAUGGUCAAUUUAUCAGGGUGAUGCCUAACAUACCAUCUGCUGCUGGUAUGGCAGCAUCAGUUAUGAGCUUGGGAGGAUCUGCAACAGAACAGGAUGGGGAAUUAGUUGGUAAAUUAUUUGGAUCAGUUGGCAAGAUAUGGAAAGCUGAUGAGAAACUCUUCCAAAGUUAGAUUAACGAGAUAUAUGCUUCCUGAAAAUAUCCAGCGGUAGCGAUCCGGCAUACAUAUAUUUAGCGAUUGAAGCUUUAG